GCGCGUGUCGUCCACGAGUCCAAGACCGUCAAGAAGGACCACAAGGAGCAGACUCGCCGUCUGUACGCCAACAUUCGGGAAUGUGUAGAGGAAUAUGAUCACCUCUUCGUCUUCUCGGUAGACAACAUGCGAAACACCUACCUGAAGGACGUGCGCGCCGAAUUUGGUGAUAGUCGUCUCUUCUUCGGUAAGACCAAGGUCAUGGCUGUUGCUCUUGGUACCGCCCCCGAGAAUGAAGCCGCCGACAAUCUUCACAAGCUCUGCCCCUACCUGACCGGUGCGGUUGGCCUGCUCUUCACCUCCCGUCCUGUCGAUUCCGUCAUUCAAUAUUUCGACAACUUCCACCCCUCAGACUUUGCCCGUGCUGGCACCGUGGCUACUCGCUCUUUCACUCUUCCUAAUGGCCUUGUCACUGCCCGUGGUGGUGAGAUCCCAGCCGAUCAAGAUGAGCCUGUCAGCCACACUAUCGAGCCCGCUCUUCGGAAACUGGGCAUUCCUACUCGCUUGGUCAAGGGCAAGGUCAUGCUCGAGCUGACCGAGGGCCAAGAGGGUUACCCCAUCUGCCGCAAGGGCGAGACACUCGACUCCCGCCAGACGACUAUCCUGAAGAUGUUCGGAAUUACUUCCUCCGAGUUCAAGGUAGACCUCAAGGCCAUGUGGACACGUGAGACUGGAGAAAUCAAAAUUCUGGAGGAGGGCGACAUGGAAACCGAUGCUUAG